GUGACAGCGUGGCGUUAGCGGCAGUCUCUUUGUGUCUAGACAGGAGAUCGGUCGCUUCAUUAAUAUCUGACUAACUAUUGUCAGGCAAACAAAGAAGUGCUGUGAUUUUGUGUGUCAGUUUGCGGACGUGUAUCCUGUGAACUGACUUCAACUGUUUGUCAAGAUGGUCGCCUUCGACUUAGCGACGGCAGAUGUCAACAGUCUGAUGAACGAGAUAAUUCGUAUAACGUUGACUGAAUACAAUGCUUUGAGCGAGAAGAUAUCGAAGGCGUGUCCUCUGGAAGACAACCAGCCUUUGGACGACAUGCUGGAUGAAAUGAUGGAGAAGUACCUUGACAACGAGCGUCUUCUCGACACAUACUUCCUCAGACUCAAGCAGUUGCUCAAGCAAUCACCUCCGGGUAGACAAGAACUGGAAUUGAAACAAAAAAAGAUCGAGAAUUUGAUAAGAAAUAAUGGACUGGACCUUUUUUAGAUGUUUCGAAUUCCCGUUUCGUAUCUUCUUUUGUUUAUUAAUCUAGAGCCAGCAACUGACAGACCUAUCUAUAUUAGUAUUAUAAAGGUAAUAGGUUAGUUUGUUUGAACGCCCUGAUCUCAUGAACGACAGGACGGUUUUGAAAAAAUAUUUCAGUGUUAGAUAUGGAUAUUUUUCCCUUUUAUUCAGGAAGGUUAAUAUUGUCUAGGUGUAGGAAGUAGUUUCUACGGGACGCGGGUGAAACCGCUGGUGGAUGCUAGUAGUUUAUAAAGGCUGAAAGUUUUUGUGUGUCUCUUAAAGAUUGAAUAUAGAGAAAAACUGAUGGUGCCUUUGAAAGAUAUAUAAAUUAUAUUAUUAGGCACACACGAAGUUUUAGCCCUUAUAACAUACUAACUGUGCCCCGCAGUUUAACUGGCGUUCCGUAGAACUACUUCCUGUAUAUGGAGAAAACGUAGCCUAUGUCGCUCGAAAAUAACAUGGCUUUUUACCAGUAAAAUUUUCAUAUCAGUUCAUUCGUUUCAGAGCCUUUAAGUUACGUACAUACACAUGGUCAUUUUUUCAUGAUCACUCAUGUCAUUCAUAGAUAGAAAGUCUGGCAGUUUCUGACUCUUAACAAAAUUCGCUCCAAAUAUGACUACUGCAUUCGUAAGUCUCGUUUCUAAUCUUGUAUCAAGUAGAUAAAGGAUAAAACUUAAUUGUAAGGUACCUAUACAGAAUAGCCCCAUUUAAAAUUAAAUAGAUGUAAGCUUUCUUUUGGCUAGGUGACAUAAGAAAAACUGCGAGCAGUCCAGGUAUAGAGGUACAUAAGAAUGAGUAGGUUAAGAACUAUAAUAUACUGUAUGAAAGUCCUUCAUGGUAAGUGCACACGAUAUCAACUUCACACAGACUUUUGUCUGCGUAAUAAAUUGAGUUAGUGUAAAGUCUGAGCCAAUGAUAGGUAAGUCUGCACAAACGUCUUGUCAUCAUAUUUUCACUCAGACUUUAGAUUUUUACUCCAACUUUAAGUUCGUACAGAUAUUUGUACAAACUUAAAGUCUGUAUCGUGUGGGCCCGCCAUUUAGGAAAAGGUAUACAAUUAGAUACAUAGGCAAGGAUUAUACUAUAGGCAAGAUAACUGGUGUUGUAAGUUAUUUUUCAAAGAUAGGCAAGUUUCCGUGCGCUAGCAACUCCACAGAGCGCAUGGGCGUUGACUAUCUCAUAUAAUAUUUAAUGUGUUUGAUGAUAUUUGUCUCAAUUUUAGUACUAAUUAAUCAGUAUUUAACGGUGUGCAGGAAAACUGUCAAUACAUUAAUUGCAUCAUAUUUAAAGGACUUUUAAUUAGGUGUUCUAGAUAUAAGAGUCAGAUUUCAAUCAUAUUGAUAAUAACCAGUUUUUCAAUUACAAUAUCAAUGUCAAACUUAGAACGAUUUUACUGUUAACGUCUAGUACUUAGUUAUGUACCUACGGCUAUUCGCAAUAUUCUACCUUUUCACUUAAUGUGACAUUAUAAAUUCUAUUGUUACUAGCGA